AUGGGCGGUAACAACCAGAGUGGUGGCUCCAAUCUUCAUUUCACCCAAUCUGAAUGGGAUGGCUUGGCUGAGUCUGAAAGGGAAUUGUUCCAGUCUCAAGCUCCCUCUGGUGCUGGCCCUCGGGAGUCUCUGGCGAUCCCUCCUACUGAGUCCAUGGCGGAUGUUCUUGGUGUUGCUUCUCUGAAGAUUCCGUCUGUGGCGGUUACCCCCAUGUCUGGUGCCUCCUCCAACCUCUCGGCCCGCCCGAUCUCCCCCACCCGCUCCGGGAUUGAGGAUCUCCCUGCCUCCCCUGAGCGUGCUGGGGUGGGUGCCCAGUCCCUGUGGAAGAAGAAAUCCUCGUAUUGCUGCAGGAAAGACAGACCUUCAUGGGUCAAACAUACGUUCACACCUCAUUUUGACGGUCACCUGUGGAGAAAGUAUGGCCAGAAAAACAUCAAGGACUCUGUCUUCCCAAGGCUUUAUUACAGAUGCUCUUACCGUGAAGACAAGCAAUGCCUUGCCUCAAAGCUGGUGCAACAGGAGAACCACGAGGACCCACCACUGUUCAAGGUCACCUACACGUACGAGCACACGUGCAACACCGCGCCCGUCCCAACUCCAGAUGUCGUGGCCGAGCUGCCGGCGCCGGCAACUGGCGACGCACUAUUUCUGAGGUUCGAUUCCACCGGCGCAGGCCACCGGGACGCGCACCGGAUGGAGCAGGAACGGCAUUACCAGCAGCCUGCGGCACCUGGGUGGCCGUCCAUGAUGCUGAGCUUUGAUUCCAAUAGCCAGCAGCACGAACAGUGUACGUUCCCUUCCGAGCUGCCGCCAGCUGCGUCGUCGUCGUCGUUUUCGACCGAGGGGCUGCCAGCGCCGCCGUCUACAACCGAUGGCGGAGGCGACGGGUUCUCGACGUGGGACUCGUUGAGAUACGGAUUAAAUGACCAUGUGCACUUCGGCGACAAUUCGUAUCUCCCAAACAGUGGUAAUGAUGGUGACGAUAACUACUGACCGUCUGUCUGGCCACAUCCACACACGGGCAAAAAACUGUCAUUGUUUGACCUGGAAUUAAGAAGUUAAUACACAUCCUUUGUUUA